GUGAAAUAAUGGAUCCCGGAAGUGAAUGGUGUGUUUGCCACCGUAGCUCAUCACACACCAUCACUGUGUUAUGUUGUGUCCGUCGUGUGGCUAAUAUGGGAAUGCUGUCAAAUGUCACGGGAGGAUAUCAUGUCACUAACGAGGAAAGUCUAUGGUAGGAUAGUGACGCAGAUCACAGAGAACGCAUGUAUCUUAACGUCGGCAGCUCGUGAGCUACCGUUAGCACGUGACGUGAGGCACUGCUCAGCGAUAUACGUGUUUUAAGUAAACAAAACGGAAUGGUCGCAAGUCAGGCUUUCCGCCAUUAAUGAAGGUGCUGAGAGAUAGAAGGAAGAGAUUCGAAAACGCACCAGGACCUCGGCUUUGACCUCCAGCGGGUGCCGUACAUCGCACCAUGUUGGUGACAGCGUAUCUUGCCAUCAUCGUCCUGCUCGCCCUAUGUGUUGGCCUCGAGCUCACAGCACGCCGUCUCGUCCCACCUCAGUCUACUCCGACUGCUGCGGCCAACCCGGCUUUCCGUCGCUUCCAGAGUGUAUUCCUCCGCGCAUACCUGUUGGCGUUGUGGGCGGACUGGCUCCAGGGUCCUUACCUCUACAAACUCUACCGUCACUACAGCUUCUUGGAAUCCCAAAUAGCCAUCUUAUAUGUAUGUGGCCUGGCCUCCUGCAUUCUGUUUGCUCCCUUUUCAGGCUGGCUCCCUCAAGUCUUGGGUCGCAGACAGUCUUGUCUUCUGUUCUGCCUGUCCUACUCUGCUUGUUGUCUCACCAAGCUGUCCACAGACUACUUUGUUUUGAUUUUGGGUCGGAUCCUGGGGGGUCUGUCCACAUCCCUGCUCACCACCACAUUUGAAGCCUGGUACGUGCACCGUCAUGUAGACAUCCACGAUUUCCCCAAGGAGUGGAUCCCCAGUACCUUCACCAAAGCUGCAACCUGGAAUCAUGGGCUCGCUGUGGGAGCAGGGCUGGUGUCAAACUUGCUGGCUGAAUGGCUCCAUUUGGGGCCGGUGGCUCCGUUUCUCCUGGCUGUGCCCUGCUUGGUGUGCUGUGGCUGGGUGGUGCUAACCGACUGGGGCAAAGAAGAGGCUGAAGACGGUGCUCAAGAAGACAAACAGAAACUGCCUUUUGGCACUCCGAAUGGAGGAGUGAGCCGUUUGUCGGCGAGGGCCCGUUUCUCACGCAGCUGCCAUGAUGGGUUGCGCUGCCUGCUGUCAGACAGGAGAGUCAUGCUCUUAGGUGGAGUGCAGGCCCUGUUUGAAAGUGUCCUUUACAUUUUUGUUUUCCUGUGGACUCCGGUACUGGACCCUCAUGGGCCUCCUUUGGGAAUAGUGUUCUCUUGCCUGAUGGCUGCCAGCAUGGCCGGCUCCUUGCUGUACCGCGUAGCCACCUCCACACGCUAUCAUCUCCAGCCUGGCCAUGUUCUCUGCCUGGCUGUGCUGAUGGCCUUCUUCUCCCUCUUCAUGCUGACCUUCUCCACUGCCCCAGGCCAACCUAGACCUCAUGAAUCCUUUCUGGCCUUCCUGCUGCUGGAGCUGGCCUGUGGGCUCUAUUUCCCUGCAGUCAGCUUUCUCCAGGGCAGGGUGAUCCCAGAAGAGAAGCGGGCUAGUGUGAUGGCCUGGUUCAGACUGCCUCUGCACCUGCUGGCCUGCCUAGGGCUGCUGGCACUUCAUGGGGAGAUAUCAGGAACAGGUGGCGGGGAGGAAGGUAACGGCACCAGACGCAUGUUUGGAGGAUGUGCAGUUAUGAUGCUGGCAGCUUUGAUGGCUGUAGUCAGUCUGUUUACUCUCGGCAGAAAUGACACAGACCUGAGACUGGAAGGAACUAGAGACGAGGGGGAGAUGGACUGAGGACAUGGACCACUUAUUAAUAUAUGCUUGACUGGUUUUGAAUGUAACGUGCUUGUUUAGUGCGACUAAAAGUAGAGACCUCAUGCGUUUCCAAUGAUCAUAAGUGUAUAGUUUGCCAAAUGCAUCACUGAAGGAAAUCAAAGACUGGGGGGGUGUUGGUAGAUAAAUAUUUAGAUACAUUUUAUUUUUUAUAUGUUACUGUGUUGCUACUCUGUUGUUGUUUUUUGAGGAGAGACUUUUACUGAUCCUGUCUGUGUGGGGCUGCUUUGGGAACAUAGCCAUAUCUACUGUCAUUUGUCAAGUUAACUGCUUGAAUGUCCAAAACUCCUGUAUGAAACUAUUCCAGAGAACACAGUAUUGCCUCAUUGUGUGCACCUUCAGGGAGAUGAGGUGAUGUGUUUGGCGCAAUAUAAUUAAUUUAAUUUUUGGCAGUAUCUCCAUGAGGAUCAGUACUAGACGUUCCAUUAUUUGUUUAAAAACAGACAUGAAAAGAGUUCAAUUAACGAAAUAAGUUAAUGGCUAGCAUGUACGUCAGUUCUUGCAAUACUUCUGUAUGUUUUCUUUUUCUGAGUCUGUCCUUUUAUUGAAAAGAGAAAUCUACAGUUUGUUGGUUUUACUGCAUUAAUGCUUUUCUGCAUCAUCUUUUUGGAUAUUUUCUCAUCUUAUCUGUGAUCUUUACACUUUUAAAUAAAAGGGUACAUAUUGUACAUAAUA